AGCUUCUCUGUCCUCUGACUCACAUCUCCUGGGAGGCUCGGCCACCUCGCCAUGGCCUAUUGCGAAAGAUGCGAACGCCCCUUCAACUCGCAGCGCGCACUAGACCAGCAUAUCGAGGACUCCUCGUCUCACUGGCUUUGCUCUCAAUGUGACAAAGACUUUGAGACGCACAAUGCAAGGCUGCAGCACUUUGUGAACAGCCGCGAACAUUCGUACUGCCGCGAAUGCGAGGAGGACUUUGACGAUGACGAAGAGCGUGACCAGCACAUGGAAGACGAACACUGGUGGUGCUCUAACCACGACAAAGUGUUCAAAAAUGAGAGGGGUUUAAAGGAGCACUACCGCCAGUCGCCUGCUCAUCACUAUUGCGUGGACUGUGAUCGUCCCUUUAAUGCAGAAUGGAGCCUCAGACAGCACUUGAACUCAAAGACCCACCGCACUGCCGAUGUUCCGUGUCCGUUCAACGGGUGUGGACAAGCCUUCGUUUCCAAAUCUGCCCUCGUCUCUCACCUGGAGAAUGGUGGUUGCCGCUCGGGAGUCAACAGGCGCAUGGUCGACAAUUACGUCCGCCAGCUUGACAGGGACAAUAUCAUCACCACACGCCUCUUGACUGACGGAGACAGCACAACGACGUUCAUCGCCACCAACCGUUCGUGGAACGGGCGCGCCUACCAGUGUUAUUUCUGUCAUGCCCCGUUCCGCACCCUCGUUGACUUGAACAAGCAUCUUGCGAGCCCUCGCCACCAGGCCAGGUCGUACCGCUGCCCGAUGUCGAGUUGCGGUGCUCACUUUAACACUCUCAGCGGGCUAUGCCAGCACAUUGAGAGUGAGACAUGUGGGGUCCAUAGGUUCCAGGUCGUGCAGAACACUAUGGACUCGGUCUAUAAUGGCAUGAGGAGGCUUACUAUGUAAUUGUCUCGUGUGGCGGCGCGUGUCCUGUUUUUCUCUUUCUUCCUUUCCCCCGUCACCUGUCUCUUAUCAAAGACGCUGUGGUCGUCGCUUUAAUGUAGCCUCGAGAAGGUGAUUACUUAUCUUGUCUGUUGUAUAACCAAUAAUCUGCGCAGGCCGCAUCUAUGUAGCAUCACAGUAGCUCGGAGCAUCCCUGAUUUUGCUGUAGCCGGGGCUUGUUGUCUGUCUCUUUGCAAUCAUUUCCUUUGGUGACUCUGGUGUACUUUGUGCGAAUAAAUGCGCUCCUAUUCGGACAGUC